AUGGCGAGCAAAAUGGCAACCGAAACGGUGGGAAGCAAGGAGCUGAAGAGGACUGGUGGAGUGGAUUCGUCGUCCACAUCCACAAGUGAGGUGGUGUCGAGAACACCUAUCUCGGUGGGGCUCCCAGUAGUAGUCUGUAGUAGACUGACUGCUGGGAGCCGAAGAUCGGAGCGCUUGCGCUCAAAAUCUGCCACGGCUGGCGAGAGUGGCGUCUCCAGCGAGAGCAUGGAGUUGGAAGCGGGACCGAGCGAGAGCCGGAAACGCGAGCUCUCGCGGGAUGGGGAAGACAACCCAUCCGUUGAGUCUGGGCCUCCUAAGGGCGGCCGCAUAGGGAGGUCGCGUACCCCUGUCCCCGUCCCGUCAGGCUCCGCCUUCUCCAAGGCGGAUUCCUAUAGACGGGUACGAGCGGACGGCGAGGCCGCAGCGGAGGAGGAGAUCGCGGGUCUCCUGCUCAAAAUUCGGGAGCCGGUGGAGGGAGAUGCCCCCCGGGCUCCCGUGUCUGUGCAGGAGAGGGCGAGAGCGGCGGUGGCUAUCAUACAGAAGGUAGCCACCAAGUCGCUUAACCUAAAGGGCUCUUUUGUGAGGGCCCUUAAGGACUCCUCCUCCGCCAUGUCGGAGGUCGUGGAGGGCCUAGUAGGCGACGUGUCUCGCCUACAGAUGGCCAAUGACAGGCUGACGGAGCAGGUGAACGGGCUGAGCGCUCAGUUCGCCCGCUUCUGGGCGAACCUCCCCGGCCCCGUCCACGCCCCAGCCUGUCCCUACCGCGACCUCAGGGGUGCCUGA